AUGACAACAAAUCAACAAGCAACAUCAACACCAACAGUACAUCAUGCAAUUGUGAAAUCGAUCUUCUCCGGUGAUACACUUGUUGUUAAACCAUUAUCACGAGCAGCAGCGAAUGAAGCUGAACAACGAAUUUCCCUGAAUUAUAUCAUCGCACCGAAACUGGCACGACCACCAACGGAUACCAGCGCCGGAGGACCAUCUGCCGAUGAACCUUAUGCGUUCGAAACACGCGAAUUCUUACGUAAAAAAUUAGUUGGCCAAGAAAUUUGUUACACAGUCGAUUUUCAAAUUCCUCAAAGCAAUCGAUUGAUGUGUACGGUCUAUCUUGGCAAAGAUAAAGAAACAGGUGAAAAUAUCAUCGAAUCACUCUUAUCCGAAGGUCUCGUCGAAUUACGACAACCAUCGGGACAACGUGCAAACGACACGAAAUAUCAACGCCUAGUGAUUAUCGAUGAACAAGCUAAAAGUAACAAACGUGGCCGCUAUUCUGACCAACUCGCUGAAGUUCAUGUUCGAAAUAUGAAAUGGUCUUUAGAGAAUCCAAAACAAUUCGUUGAUGAGCAUAAAUCCCAGCCACCAUUGGAUGCUAUUGUUGAAUUUGUUCGCGAUGGUAACACAGUGCGUUGCCUUCUUCUACCAUCGUACUAUUUAGUAACCGUUCAAAUUGCGGGUAUCAAAUGUCCGAUGUUAAAACGCGAAGGAAGUUCAACAAAUGAAACAAACGAACCGUUCGCUGAAGAAGCUAAGCAAUACGUUGAUACGCGUUUGUUACAGCGACAAGUGAAAGUUAUUUUAGAUGGUGUUAACAAUCAAAAUUUAGUCGGCACGCUAUUGCAUCCCAAUGGAAAUAUUGCUUUACAUCUCUUGAAAGAAGGUUUAGCUAAAUGUGUUGAUUGGAGUUUAACUUUAUUACAGCCAGGAUGGAGAGAAAAGUAUCGCGCAACAGAAAAAUAUGCCAAAGAUAACCGAUUGAGAAUCUGGAAAAACUACGUUGCACAAGCAGGACAUACUGAUAAUGAUAGUCAUGCUAGUAAUGAAGCAGGUGUUACAUCAUCCAACGGCAAAUCUUCUGAUCCAUCAUUGAAAGGAUAUCAAGCCAAAGUUUUAGAAGUCAUCAAUGGUGAUGCACUGACCAUUCGUGAUUUACGUGAUAACAAAGUUCGAAAGAUUUACCUUUCAUCUGUUCGUGCGCCACGUGCUGCUGAUCUUCAAAAGAAUGAUGAAAACAAUCCAAAUGCCAAUCGUCAACAAAUCAAACGUCCACUCUACGAAAUUCCAUACCUAUUCGAAGCACGUGAAUUAUUACGUAAACGUUUGAUCGGUAAAACUGUUCGUGUAGUGACUGAUUAUGUUCAAGCAGCAAGUAAUGACUUUCCCGAAAAGAUUUGUUGUACUGUUUACGCUGGUAAUGUUAAUCUUGGUGAAGCCUUAAUUUCCAAAGGUUUAGCUAAAACUGUACGUCAUCGACAAGACGAUGAACAGCGAUCAUCUCACUACGAUGAUCUCCUCACUGCUGAACAACAAGCAGAAAAACGGGCAGUGGGCCUAUUUUCAAACGGUAACGGUCUUCAACGUAUUGUCGAUAUGACUGGAGAUUCCAAUAAAGAACGAGCCAAAGGUUUAUUGAAUGUUCUUCAACAAAAAGGUCGUAUGGAAGGUGUUGUCGAAUUCGUUGCUAGUGGCUCCCGAUUCCGUGUACAUUUACUGAAAGACAACUGGAUUAUUUCAUUCAUUUUGUCGUCAAUUAGCUGUCCACGAGGUGAACGACGUGUACCUGUAGGUGGAAAUUCACAACAGCAAAAAGUGGAACCUGCUGAACCAUUUGGUGCCGAAGCUUUAACUUUCUCAAAAGAACAUUUCUUACAACGAGAUGUUUUUGUUGAAAUCGAAAGUAUGGAUCGUGGUGGUAGCUUUAUUGGUCGUUUAAGUACUGCCGAUGGUCAUUCAGCUGCUUUGAUGCUUGUUCAAGCUGGUCUUGCUAAAGUACAUGAUUCUGCUUAUGGUACACCACUCUACAAACAAUUGCUCGAAGCUGAAGACAAAUGCCGCAAAGAACGCGUUGGCGUUUGGACUAACUAUGAAGAACCAACACCAAAAGACGAUGAAGACAAUGAAGGAGAAAAUAACCCUGAAGGUGGUCAAGAAGAAGCUGUGUUGGGUCCAGCUCCAAUCAAUUUUAAUGAUUCACGAUUCCGUCGAGUAGUUGUUACCCAUGUUACAAGUGACUUGAAACUCUACGUGCAAUAUUCUGAACAAGGACCGAAAGUUGAACAAUUACAAUCCGAAUUACGCGACAUCUUCAGUCAAACGAAACCAGUCGGUGGACACGUAGUGAAGAAAGGAGAAUUAUUAGCUGCACGCUAUACUGCUGAUAACGAAUGGUAUCGUGCACGUGUCGAAAAAAUUGAAAACAACAAUCGCGUGUCUGUUUACUUUAUCGACUAUGGAAACCGAGAAGUUAUCAGCGAUUCAAGUCGAUUUACAACACUACCACCUGGCUUUUCACAAUUACCGGCACAAGCUCAUGAAUGCGACAUUGCUUAUGUCCGACCACCACCAGAUGAAGACGAUCGUGAAGAAGCUAAAAACGCCUUACUCGGUGAAAUCGGCAAUGACGAAUGUUUAAUGAGAGUUGAAUAUCGCCAAAACAACAGUGAACACGUAUCACUCUAUCGUGCUAGCAACAAAGAAAAUAUCAUCAAAACUUUAGCUGAACAAGGUCUCAUCGUUGUUGGUCAAGGUCGUGGUGGUCGUCCAGCGCGUCCAACGCCUCUAUACGACGAGUUACAACAAGCACAAGCAAAAGCAAAAUCGUCUCGUGUGGGUCUCUGGCAAUAUUCGGAUCAAAUCGAAGAUGAUGCCACUGAAUUCGGCUUCAAUGGACGCAAAUAA